AUGGAGUUUAUUAAAGAAGAGAGUGAAGACAUGAAGAUUGAAGAAACAUUUAAAGUCAAACAUGAAGAUACUGAGGAACAAACAGACCUGAUGACACUGAAAGAGGAGAGUCAAGAACUCAAUGAAAAGGAAGAUCAUGUUCAGCAUGAGAAAUACAAUUUCAUGACUGAAGAAAAAUCAUUUAGUUGCACACACACUGAAAAGACUUCACAAAAAAGAGCUUUCACCUGCCAACAAUGUGGGAAAAGUUUCACCAGAAAAGGAUAUGUUGAAGUCCACAUGAGAGUUCACACUGGAGAAAAGCCUUUCACCUGCCAACAGUGUGGAAAGAGUUUCAUUAAUAAAACAAACCUUAAAAACCAUAUGAGAAUUCACAGUGGAGAGAAACCUUACACAUGCUCUCACUGUGGAAAAAGUUUUAAACUUAAAUACCGCCUCGCUAACCACAAGAGAAUUCAUACUGGAGAGAAACCUUUCACCUGCAAACUGUGUGGAAAGAGUUACACUCACAAAAGAAACCAUAGCGAUCACAUGAGAACUCAUACUGGAGUGAAGCCUUACACAUGCUCUCAAUGUGGAAAGAGUUUUAAUCUUAAACAACACCUCGAUGACCACAAGAGAAUUCAUACUGGAGAGAAACCUUUCACCUGCCAACAAUGUGGAAAGAGUUUUACUCACAAAGGAAACCUUAGAAACCACAUGGGAACUCAUACUGGAGUGAAGCCUUUCUCCUGCAAACUGUGUGGAAAGAGCUUCAUUCGAAAACCAAACCUUAAAUGCCACAUGAGAAUUCACACUGGAGAGAAACCUUACACAUGCCAACAAUGUGGAAAGAAUUUUACACUAAAACAACACCUCAUUAACCACAUGAAAAUUCACACUGGAGAGAAACCUUUUACCUGCCAACAAUGUGGAAAGAGUUUCAUUCAAAAAGGAAACCUUACCAAACACAUGAAGGUUCACGCUGGAGAGAAGCCAUGAGUUUCGAAAAUAAAGUAGCUUUUUAAAGAA